AUGUCGCAUCCUCACGCCUAUACCCUAGGCCUCGCCUCCCUCCAGGACGACGACGACGACAUCUGCCCCGUCUGCGAGGGCGAGUGCACCUGCAACUCCAUCAUCUCUCACCCCGCCCCUCCCCCUCGCCCAUCCAUCAUCUCCUCCUCCUCCUCCUCCACCACCACCACCACCACCACCUCCCUACCCACAACCGCCCCCUCCGCCCUCUCCUCCUCCUUCGCCCCCCUCAAAAUAAAACUCACGGUCCCCCCCAACGUCCUAGCCCGCGCCCGCCUCGCAUCCUCAUCCACAAAGAAACCCAACGCAGCCCGGCACACCGAUGCCCCCGCCCAGCCCCCAAAGCGCCGCGGCCGUCCCCCGAAAGCCCCCGCCACUCCCAAACCCAAACCGCCCCCAAAAAAAUCCAAGCACAAAGACACGAUCGGGAAGCCCGCCAGGCGCGCGGCCGCCAGCGACGACGAGUACUACCCGGCUGGCACCGGCCCGUCCCCCGCGAUCCGCAAGGACGCGUUCCCGACCCCAUCUCUCCAUCAGCGAGGCGACCCGCACGAGGACGCGAAUGGCGCGGACGACGCCCAGUCCGUCCAAUUUCCCACCUUCGUCUCCGCCGAGUCGUCCUCCAGCGACAGCUCGAGCUCCGACGGCGACUCGGACUCCUCCGACUUCUCCACGGACUCGUCCAUCCAGGACGAGGAGGAGUCCUUCAUUCGCGACGAGGAGCACCACCAGUCUCACGGAUACGACAAGGCCCGUGUGAAAAGGGAACUGCUCGGCGACGGAGCGCCCAAACGGAAAGAGCGCCGGACAAACUGGGAAAUUCGCCCCCGGAAGAAGAGCGUCGGUCUCAGCGGCGACGAGAUGGACGUCGAUAGCAGCGACGACGAGACCGAGGACGAUGACGCAGAGGAGGAGGAGGAGGAGGAUGCCGAUGAGGAAGAUAACGAGGACGAUGACGCAGAGGUGGAUGGCGAGGACGACGCGGCGAGCAUCACGUACGCCGGGAUCGCUACCGGCUGGUCCGAGGAUGAGGAAUCCAGUUUCGACGCGGAACUCUUCUUCGCAGGCUUGACAGAUUCCGACUCGGGCGCCGAUGGCGUCGAAGCACGCGAUGAUGACGGCGACGAGACCGUCGACGAAGACGAUGACGACGUCCUCGCGUUCAAUGCCAUGGCCCUCGCCGCCCAGACCGUCUUUGACGUCACCGAAGGUUGGGAUGGUUCGAUGAUCUUCACCAACGGGCUCAAGGACGGCCAGGGCCUGCUCGAUUUCGACUUUGAGGCCAACGCCGCGCAGCUCCUCGACGCCGGCACCAGCGACGGCGACGACGAAGACACGGACGUACAGAUGUCCGACGUGGACGGCACUGCCGAUGGCGAAGACGAAGAGGACGGCUUGGAGGUCGACAGCGACGGCGAGACCACGGACGAAGAACUCGUCGACGAGCGCGGCCUGCCCACUGCCCGCGCGAUGCGCCUCUUCCGCCCGCCGACCACGCCCUGCGCCAUCGAUCCGAUGUCCACGAUGAGCCCCGGCCCGCGCCCCCGUUCUGCCGCUUAUCUCGACCAUCGCGACUCGCCCAAGCCCGCGGACAUCCUCGCCGGGCGGGUGUUCAUGGACGUCAGCGAAGACGAUGACGCCGAUGACGACGCGCUGCCCGUGAGCGAUGUCGCGAGCUUGACGCUCAGCCCUCAGCUGGAGCGGGGCGCGCCGCGCCCGCCGAUGAUGGGCACGUUCGCCACGGACAAGAGCGAUACCCUCCGGAGGGCGGUCGUCGAUGGCUCGCGGUGUCCUGUGCCGAGCCCCUUCCCCAGGCAUCGCAGGCGCAACCCAUCGGUGUCGUGGUCUGGACGUAGCAUGAGUGGGAGCCGUGACCGCUCCCUGUCCCUCUCCUCGCUGUCCCACGUGCCCCAGUUCACCUCCUCCCCCUCGCCCUUUGGCCACCUCCCCCUCUCCGACGAUCCCACGUCCCACACCUCCGAUCUCCCCCUCGGCGCGCCCAUCGACCUCGACGACGUCCUCGACGCGUCCAUGCUCGACUCCGAUCCGUUCGAUCCUCAGUACCUCGACUCCCUCCCGUCCAGCGCGUUCGCCGACGGAGAGGCCAGCACCGCCGAGGACGACGGCACGCGGCACUUGCAGAACCUCAGCCGCUGGGAUCGCAUCCCGAUGGGCACGUUCCGCCGCACGCGCGAGGCCGGGCUCGCCGAGAGCGGGAGCGAGCUCGCGGCGUACGGCGGGAUCAUCCGGAGCAGCCCGUUCAGCGGCAUGCUCUGGCAGGACAAGGGCGCGGGCGCGGGGUCCGGCUCCGGCUCUGGGUCGCCCGCCGCGAAGGUCAAGGGCGCGCGGAGGCGCGGCAAGCGCCGUAUGGACGUCGUCAUCUCGCCCGUGAUCCUGCCCGUGCGCGAUCGCGACGGCGACCGCACGCCAACGGGGACCGGCAACGGGAGCGGCAACGGCAAUGGCCAGAACGGGGGGUACACGCCGCCGCCCGCGCGCCCGCGCAAGAGCACGCGCAAGGAGAAGAUGCUGAAGAAGAAGAGCCUGAUGGGCGCCGCGGCGGGCGGGCGGCGGCAUCAGCAGCAGCAUUAUCACCACCACGGGCACCAUCCGAACGCGAAGGGCCGCGCGGCGGGGAGCGUGCAGCGCGCGGGCUUUUUUGGUGGUUCGGUGCCGCCUUUGAGCUUAUGAGGGGUCGGGGUGGGGGGCGGUAAUGCGGGCGGUGGUCGUUGAUCGUUCGUCCGAGUCGUGGUUGCAUCGCAUCGCAUCUAUGCGGGUCUGGUCGUCCGGGCUCGUGCUGUCGUUCGUCGUUCCCCAGUCGCCAAUGUUUUGAAAUAGGGUCCUGGUCUGUCUCUUUUUUCUCUCUCUCUUUCUCUUUGUUGCCAUCUGUAUCUGGGCCGUCCGGAAAAAGUCGCACGCGUGCGAACGCUCUUCCUUCCUUCCUUCCUUCUCAUCCCAUCCCAUCCCAUCCCAUUCCAUCCCACUCAAUCAUGAUAAUGUCGCCCCACCCGAAGUGUGUGCUGUUUCCUUUUUUUUUUGUUCCUUCAUCUCUUGCAUCCAUAUCCCUCCCAUCCCAAUCGCCUGCUUGUUUUAACGAACCCACUCCCAUUCUCGAUCCACUCCCCUAGUCCCACGUAGCAUACAAACCACGCCGAAGCGAGUUAGUCCUUCGCGUUGUACUGUACUUCGCGUCUAUGACUCUAUACAUAUAUCAGACCCCCCUCGUCUCGUCCCUCUCUCUUGUCUCCAUUUGCUCUUCCUCGUAUUUGGGGGACGUUUGUCUGUCCGCCUGGACCCACUUGUCACUACGCGUCGAACGGGGCAGGUGCCCAUGGCCAUGCGGUAAUUUUCUGUACUCGGGCGCGCUUAGGUAGUUUGUGCGCAAUCAAAAUUCUCUAUACAGGUU